AUGGCUGCCACCACACUAGGAGGUGAAUUUGAGUGUCUGAAACUGGAUGGAUUACAGGAUAGCGACAAUUUCCUGCUCUUCAAAAGCCUACUGAAUCCCGAUGUGAACUCCCAAGAUUAUGCCAACCUUCUGCUGAUUGGUGAACAAAUAUCAAAAAUGUUUGGAGCCUGCCCAUUCCUGACAUUGGCGGUCGUUUCGCACCUGCGGGAUGAUUUGAAAACUAGUUGGACCGAUGUACUGCAACAACAUUGGUACCAAAUUGAAGGAAUUUAUAGCAUUCUUCCAUCUCUCAAACUGAGCUACGACCAUCUACCUGCACAGCUGCAAAUUUGCUUUAGGUAUUGUAGUUUGUUUGCAAGGGGGCACAAAUUUUACAUGGACAAAAUGGUAGACAUGUGGGUCAGUUCUGGACUAAUACCUUUUGCCUCAAGGGAGCCUGGUGAUAGCUUACCAGCAACAGAUAAUGUUAGCCUUCUGAACCCAGUGGAUGUCGGGGAAGAGUACUUCACGGCAUUGGCAAGAAAAUCAUUCUUUUGCCGUAUGGGAGAAACAGAUCCUUGUGGGGCAAACCAGAAAGAAUAUUAUGUUUUACACAGUUUGCUGCAUGACUUGGCACAGCUUGUCUCUCGAGGUGAAUGCGCAAGAGUGGAUAAUGGUGGUUUCCAAGAUGUCAUGUGGACAACCCGACACAUAUCUAUUGCAAACUGUGGCAUCCUUACUCAUGAAAGAGCCCGGAAGAUAUCUUAUUUGAGGAGUUUGCGGACUCUUAUAAUAGAAAGUGAGUCCUGUCUUGAUCAAGAAACUGAAUUUUUGCUUGGAGAGAUUCUGAAGAGCACAAAAUGCUUGCGUCUGCUGCAAUUGUCUGUGCCAUCUCCAUUUCAUGUACUCGAUAGAUUUCCCAACCUAAUUCAUCUCCGUUAUAUUUCCUUAAUCUCAUGCGAUGAGUCUCAUCUUCAUAAAAUCUUUAAAUUCUACCAUCUGCAAGUAUUCAAGCUCAGCUACUUGACAGCAAAAGAACCAGACUUGAGCGACAUAUAUAAUUUACGUUGCUUACGCUCUUUGCAUAUUCCUGACAAUAUGUCAUCCAAGAUUCAUAAACUUGGAAGGUUAACCUCACUUCAGGUUUUACGUGGAUUUGAGGUGGUGCAAAAUGAUGGUAGCAGGCUGAGUACACUGAGCAAUUUAAGAAGCCUUCGUCAACUUGGCCUAAUGAAUCUUCAAAAUGUCCAGAAUUGCAGAGAAGCUAUGGAGGUCAAAUUAAAGGAAAAACAUGACAUGAGGAUUUUGCUGUUAUCAUGGAACAGAUACAAUAAUGAUACACGGGUGGAUGAUCAGAUUAUUGGUAAUCUUGAACCAAAUAGGGAAAUUCAAAUACUGCAUAUCCAUGGAUACAAUGGAUCUGUACUUCCAUUUUGGAUUGCUAAUUCCUUGCUUGUCAAUUUGGUAUCACUUGAGCUUGAGUACUGUAUUAAAUGGAAGAGCCUGCCAUCUCUUCAGGAACUAAAUUUACUCCAGCAUCUGAAGUUGCAGCAUCUUUUUCAGUUAGAAUACAUGGGAUUGGGGCUCGAGGAACUAACUGAUACCAAUGAAUCAGGGAUUGUUUGUUUACCCCGUUUUCUUCGUAGCCUAAUCAUUGGAUGGUGCCCUAACCUGAACAUACUUCGCACUAUACCUCCUAGCCUUGAGGUACUGAUAUUAAAGCAUGUUGGUUUUCUAGUUCUUCCAGGAAUACACCAGAGGGAAUCAAAGACAUCAGUCAAGUCUGAGCUUACAUUUGUACACAUUCAAAGCUGCGCACAUCUGACUUCUCUAGAUAAAGGAUUACUAGAGUGUCAAGAACAACUUGGUUCUCUAUCUACAUUAAUCAUAAGUCAUUGUGAAAGUCUACGCCAUCUACCAAGGAAUGGUUUUGCAGCACUGCAUCACCUGAAAUUCCUGGAAAUGGUUGCCUGUCCAUUGCUGAAGGAUGGCAAUACUGCAGGAAAUAUUCUGCCAAUUUCACUCAAGAACUUGGAUAUAAAUCCUUGCGGUAGUAUUGAUGUUUCAAUGCUCUUGUCACUUCGAAAUCUGUCCUUUCUUACAAAGUUAACACUGUUCAAUUGCACCAACCUGGAGAAACUUCCUCCAGCGGAAAUAUUUGGAACUCUGCAAGUUCUUUCUGAUCUGUCAGUAGCUAGAUGCAGAGGCUUGUUAUCCUUUGGGGGUCUUGGAGCUGUUUCUUCCCUGAGAAUGCUGUCGAUCCUAUGCUGCGACAAGCUCAACCUUUCAGACUCGCCGCAGGGUUGUUGUUCCUUUAUGCUACAAGAGCUCAGAAUCGAUUGCCAGGCCCUGUUGUUUGUGGAGCCACUUCAGAGCCUCAGAUACACUAAAGAGCUAUAUAUCUGCAACGACUGUGCAAUGGAGUCCUUAGCCGAGGGAUGGUUGCUGCAGAAUGCUACUUCCCUCCAUUCCAUCAAGAUAGGAAUUGCCGAAUCUCUGCAAUCCUUGCCAUCUCAGAUGGAUAAGCUUGAAGCGUUACAGAGUUUGCACAUUGAAAGGGCCCCUCUGAUGAAGCUACUCCCACAACUGCCUGCCUCACUUAGCAAGCUGACAAUCUGGGGCUGUGACCCAAUGUUUAUGAAGCGGUAUGAAAAGGAUGUUGGUCCGAACUGGGGCCAGGUCGCGCACAUUGCUCAUGUGGAUAUAAUGUCCUAUUCCGAAGG